UACAUCGUACUUACAUGUUGUUUACUAGCUCUCUAGACCAAAUCUCAACCUUCCCAUACCCACGUAUAUACCUCGAGACCAUGAAUCCGAUGUAUCCUGUCCUAGAGAAGAUACGCCAUGGAGUCUAUUGCUGAUUAUAAACAUCCGCUCGUACUUUAGCAUGGAUAUUCGCAUCAGAUAUUUCAACAUUUCUUUCGGGGAAACCGAGUAUAAAACUAACGUUGCUUCUUCAGAUACACCACAGUAGAAAUAGGCGAGACUGUUCGACAAGUAAAUAAGCUAUGAAAUACUUUUUGUAUAUCAUGGCAAUAGCCAUGUGCGAUGCUGCGAGAAUACCACGUCAAUUAGAGUACGAACAUUUUCCGAAUUUUCGAACGAUUGAUCACGGACACGGUGCAACCAGCUAUCAAAAUGUACACGUCGAUAAUUACGAAGAUCUGCCUCUUUCAUCGAAUUAUGUGAACGGAGUGAGUGAUUUGGAUUUGACAGUACAUCAUGACAGCGAUAUCGUGCCAAUUUUAGAACACUCUAAUGAAUUGGGACACGUUGAUGAAUCACAUGCGGAAAUAUCAACUUUUAAUGGAAUCUUAUCAUCGUCUUAUCACGAUAUAGAGACAGAACCUCAUCCAUAUUACGAUGAACAUUAUGAAAAUCAUUUCGACGAUCAUAAUAUCGAAGGACAUCAUAUAUAA